CAUUGGAUGUGAUUCAAGAUAUGGAACCACAACAAUUGGUCCGUGACACUGCAUCCUAUAAUGUACUAAUAAAGAUUUAUAAUCUUUCGAAAAAUUAUGAGAAAAUACAACAACUUGUUGACGAAAUGUUAAAAGCAGGCAUAACAUCCGACGUGAGGACAUUUGGAGAGUUAAUGAGUGUAUAUGAAAAAUUAGCAAAGGUCAAUUCGGCACUUGCCUUAUUACAUAAAAUGAUAAAUCUUGGAAUUCGACCUAAUAGUCAUAUUUAUACAUCUUUAAUUGAACUUUUUGUAAAUAUAAAUGAUACUGAAUCUAUGGAAAAAUUUUUUCAUAAUAUGAUAACAGAUGGUAUUAGACCUCAAGAAAUAACUUAUUAUAUGCUAAUUGCCGGAUAUUGUAAUGCAGAUAAUGUAUAUAAAGCAUUUCGCAUUUGUAGAAUAAUGUUAGAAAUGGGUAUAGAACCAACAGUUCGUAUAUAUAAUGCAUUGAUAUCGCUUUUUGCUGAACGUGGGGAUCCUUCCAAGGAAGGAUAUGGAAUGUGCAAGGGAAAUAUACAUCCUGACAAUUAUACUUUUUGUUGCUUGAUAGAUGGGUUUCCUUAUUUUAGUGGUUUAGCGAAAAAUAUGGUAAAAGUGAAAGUGGAGGAUUUUUGA